CAGACUCGCGGGUUGUCGAUCUUUUAAGCCUUUUUUUUCAGGAUCAACCAGGCAGAAAUUUCCCCUUUCUUGUGGAAGAACACAACCCAAAAAAUUAACAUAAAAUAACCUUAAAAUAUCGUCAGAGAUGGACUUUCUUCUCACAAUAGACAAAACUAGGAAUAGAAGCUACGAGGCUGAGGGGAAGGCCAAGACGCUUGCAACAAUGCUAAUGCGAAACCAGCUGGAAUGUUUCAAAAAUUUCAAAGAGUUUUUGUUGACUUAAGAUGAGAGUGGGGGCGAAUGCCAACCUAUGAUUGACCUCGGUCUCCAUGUCUGUUUAAUUUAUCUUUUCUCUUCUUUUGUGUCAUUCAACUUACAAUUGGUUGGUUUGCCCUACUCAGGCACCCAAAACUAGUCAGGUGUUCACUGCUAGUACUGCUACAGUACCGCCUUACUGCGUCAAUGUUGGAUCUGUGCCACUUUAUGAAAUUCCACCCUUGCAGUCAGUCAUCAUGAAAUUAUGGCGACAAUGCGUGUCUCGCCCCUUGCGGCUAUUCCUAUGGCUCCUAGUUGUUGUACUCCUGCUAUGGAAGUCCCUUCCCUACGAACACCCGAUCCGAUUAUCGGCUCGCUUCAAUGUUAAAGCUUUGAGUACCGCGUGGAUAUCUUAUCUAGGAGAUCGUUGGUGGUUUGCAGACCAAUCUACCUUUCCAGUGGUGAUAUCGAAUGAUGUUGCUGUGUUGAUGAAAUCCGGGUUCGGGACAAAGGACCGCAUCUCCGCCUGGUUGGAAGCUCACGAGCAGGAUAAAUUCAACAACCUCCUCCUGGUGGGCGACUUCUCUACCCAGUCUGGACAGCUUUUUAGCUACAAUGGUCGGCGCCUACCUGUCUUUGAUCUCGUAGCUUGGAUGCUGGAAAGGGGGUACCUGUCCGCAGAGCUGGCGCAUCCACGAUUGAUGAAACAUUCCAACUUGAGUGUCGCUAUUGCUAGCGGGGACAUCGACACUGCAAAGGCACUAUCGCAGUCGUUCGGAUGGGAGCUGGAUGCCUUAAAGUUUAUCUCGGGCCUAGAGCUUUGCUAUGAACAGAUGCCAGAUAAAAAAUGGUAUAUCUUAGCUGAUGACGAUACCUAUCUUAUGCAGCCCGCCCUCAAGCUGCUACUAGAGCACCUUGAUCCGGAAGUGCCCUACUACGUGGGCAAUGCCGUAGGUGACUACAAAGGCCGCUUUGCACACGGAGGCUCCUCUGUGAUCCUCUCACAGGCGACGAUGCGCUCGCUUUUCUCGCACCGCGAAGUCAUAACCUCGGCACAUCUAGAGUCUCUCGAAGAAACGUGGGGCGAUAAGCUUCUUGCGACGACUUUGCUCAAGUUGGGCAUUUAUCUAGACGAGCAAUAUGUCAUUUUCUUCAACGGGGGUCCGCCUCGAGCCAUAAGGGUCACGGAGGAUCGGUUGUGUGCGCCAAUUAUCUCUUUUCACAAUCUAUCUCCUUCGGAAAUGAUCAAUGUCGGUCGGAGGUUUCAGCAUACAGACGACUUUCUUCUUUGGAUUGACCUGUGGGAUAUAUAUGGCGCCCCAUCCCUCGACUCGCCGAUUCUUGAGUCAGGUCGGAAGGGCUGGGACCAUGUUGGAGGCCUAGAUGAAUCUACCAUGACCGUCAAGGAUAUCCUAACAGCACAGGGCUGUGUUAAAAUCUGCCACAACUACUCGAAGUCUUGUCUGGCGUGGACGUGGGAGUCAGAGAAACAGCUGUGUCACAUCAGCAACUGGAUGGUGCCGGGAGAUCAGGCUGAAGGCAAAACCUCGGGGAUCAAUGUACCGCGCGCGAAAAGUCUGGUCAACAGGUGCCGGCCGUGAUAAAUUGGAAGCGUACCCUGUUUACUCUGCAAAACCUCAGAAACCUCUCACCGCCACAAUACAAGGCUAUCAUUAACAGCCGAGUUUUGGAGGAUCCCUGUUCAGCCGCAAUGAAGCCGUUGGUUGCCGAUGGUAUUACGACACCCGGUGACCGUGAAGUCGCUCCACUGGGCAGUGACCAAAUCAUCUCAGUCAGCAUGAGCGAACAAUAUCUUGCUUCAUGAAUGACACGGCGAGGCUUUGAAUUUAUUCAACAGAGCGCCAUAUUGUUCGGCGACAAGGCUGGAUAAAACAAUGGCUUCGCCCUCCACAGGGCUUAUUCCGCACGUCUGGGCCCUUUUCAUCCCCUCCCUCUCACGCUCUUAACGUUCCUAUAUAUGUCUUACUGUACAUAUUUUCUUUACUCUUCGCCGUAUAUGCUUGGAAUGUUUCUCGUCUUGUCAUUAGAGCCCAGCUUCAGCUGAUUAGAGAGUCGAUUAUCGACAGAGACCAAUACAUUAGAUUUGAAUAAAUUUAGUAAAGAUUCUA